GCGCCAUUCCCGAGUGCCCUCGUCCCGGCCAUGGAGGGUCUGGUGCUGCGGCCCGCCAAGGGCUACCGGGUAGUGCUGCUGGGCAGCGUGGCGGUGGGCAAGACGGCUCUGGCCACGCAGUUCGCGUGCGGCCGCUUCCCCGAGCGCUGCGAGCCGUCGGUGGAGGAGCUGUUCAGCAAGGUGAUCGAGGUGAACCGGGCUCCCGCGCUGCUGGAGAUCGUGGACACCGUGGGCGCCGAGCACCUGGUCACCCUCAAGGACCUGUACAUCAGGAACAGCGACGGCUUCGUGGUGCUCUACAGCGUGUGCAACGAGGCCUCGUUCCAGGCCGUGCGGCCGCUGCGCGAGCGCAUGGGCCGGCUGCGGGGCUCGCGCGCCGUCCCGCUGGUGUUGGUGGGCACCAAGGCCGACCUGGACGCCGAGCGCCAGGUACUGACGGCUCAGGGCCGCGCGCUGGCCCGAGAGUGGCGGUGCCCGUUCCUGGAGGUCACGGCCAAGAGCAAGAUGCUGGUGGACCGCGUGUUCACGCAGGUGGUGCGCGAGAUCGAGGCCCUGGCGCCGCCGGCGCAGGAGGCUCCCCGCAUCCCCGCCAACGCCCUGGAGACGUGGCCUGCAGAGAGGUUCAUUGGCUAGCGCGGCGCGGCCCGUUCAGCGCCUUCUCCCAGAAAGUUGGCGAACCGUAAACAAGUGGCUGCUUCUAUAGGAUCACCCCAAACGGUGCUGCAGUCUGCCUACGUGUCUGUCUUCAGUGUCUGGCAAAAAAAACUUUGCAAGCCACCCGCCCUGCCCGUUGACCUCCAACUGUGCUAUAAGAAGAAACCAAAAAUUGCAUUUUUUUUUUCUUUUUUCUGUGAAGAGACUUUACAGCCCUGUUUCUUCCAUCAGCUUGUUUCUGGACUUCCCUACCCCCCACCCCAUCCCACCCCCGUCUAAUUUUUGUGAAUAGCAACUUGUGAGCUUUGGAUUGGUUGGGGAAUCUGCACUAAAGACAAGUUUUCUUCAGUUUCAGGAGGGUUUUCUCCUUCCUUUUAACAGCUUUGAAUCCAACAGUAAGAUUUUCCUCAACACGAAUUCCUAAAUAUAGUUGUGACUUAUGCUGGGUUGGUUUGAAAGGGGAUACUCUACGGGGACAACUGUGCACACACACAGAGAUAGCUCAGCCCUACCUUGUAAUUGACAGUUGCUUUCUACAUCCCCGCGUUGGAAAUAAAAUUAGAAGUUGGUAAUUUUAA